GCAUGACAAGAGGUUAACCUUUUUGAACUGACCCUGCUUCUUUAUGGUCCUUAUCAGAUUUGUCCAUAGAAUUGCUAGUGUAGCAGUAUAUAUACCACUUGGAGGUUUCUCUUGGUUCUCAAGACAAAGGGUCUUGCCAAUGAUGCUGCACCUGCUUAUUACUUACCUGUUAUAGUUCAUCAACCUCCUGCACUUUCAAUCACCAUUAUAGACAAGAAGCUGAUUGUUGAACCAGGUACUUAGGCUAUACCUAAAGUAUAUCACCAAACACAUGCAACCUAAGAGUAUUCGUUUGAUUUGGAACACUGGUUUUCUGCUCUUAAUUUUGUGGGUACCGAACAUUCGAUAUUUUGAUACAAGAUUAUGCAUAUGCAUCAUUUUGUCUUCACUUUCCUCUCUCUCUCUCUCUCUCUCUCUAAACUCACAGUGAAAUAGAACACUGCCUCUCUGUCUUUAUUACCAAUCCAUGCCCUCACUUCUCUCAAAAUCCCUACUGUUCACUUCAAUUUAUUCAAAAUCCCAAUUUCCAAUCCCGCACUUAACCAUGUCUACUUUUAUUACCACCGCCACUACAACCAAAUCCCCCUUACGUGGCGUCGUUUUCGACAUGGACGGAACCCUAACGGUUCCCGUCAUCGAUUUCGCUGCAAUGUACAAGGCGGUUCUGGGAGACGAUGAGUAUCGUAGAAUUAAAGCUGAAAAUUCUUCUGGUAUUGAUAUCUUACACCACAUUGAGAAAUGGACUCCUGAUAAGCAACGCAAAGCUUAUGAAACUAUCCUUGAUUUUGAACGCCAGGGACUCGAUCGCCUCCAAAUCAUGCCUGGUGCUGUAGAGCUGUGUGGGUUUCUUGAUUCAAAGAAAAUAAGAAGAGGGUUAAUUACUCGAAAUGUGAAGGAAGCUGUGGAUCUUUUUCAUUUACGAUCUGGGGUGAUGUUCUCUCCAGCAUUAAGCAGGGAGUUCCGUCCUUAUAAGCCAGACCCAGCUCCUCUCCUUCAUAUAUGUUCAACGUGGGAAGUUCAGCCUGAUGAAGUCAUCAUGGUUGGUGAUAGUCUCAAAGAUGAUAUGGUCUGUGGGAAACGAGCUGGAGCAUUUACGUGCUUGCUGGACGAGAAGGGGAGGUAUGGUUCUUCUGAUUUUGCCAAGUUGGUAGAACCAGAUUUCAAGGUGGCUUCCCUGGCUGAGGUUCAAUCACUGCUGGAGACGAAUUUUGAUUUGAUGGCAUAAUUUUGAAUGCCUGAUAGAAGAUGAGGUUAGGUGGGAGGUAUUAAACCAACAAAAGCAAAGAGAGGAGCCUAACUUUACAUUAUCUCCUAAACUGGAGUGAGUUCACUGUAUUUUGUUGUGGUAGUAGUGUUGAGCUGUGGAUAAUUACUUGGUGACUUGCAAAUUCAGAAUUAGUUAUUUUUGCAUUGUAUAGUGUAUUUAGCUCUGCAAAUACUCAUGCUGGCAAGUUGUAUAUUUGGGUUCCAACCAGUGCAAAAAGAAGAUUUUCUUCAAA